CACCGCAGCAACGUGACUGCCACAAACAGGAAGUGGGAGAACAAAACCCACAACUUCUGAUCAAGCCGCCUGGUUUCGCUCUGUUAGGUCGUCAGCGGUCUGUCUGUCCCUCGGCACCGGGACAGCGCAGCGGAUUCGAGUGCAGCGGAACCCCAACCGGCGGGCAGGCAGUUAUGGGCUCCAUGUUUCGCAGUGAGGAGGUCUGCCUGGUGCAGCUCUUUCUUCAGUCAGGAUCCGCCUACAAUUGUGUCAGCGAGCUGGGAGAACUCGGCCUGGUUGAAUUCAGAGAUUUGAAUCCUAGUGUGAACUCCUUUCAGAGGAAGUUCGUCGGCGAGGUCAGACGAUGUGAGGAACUAGAGAAAACCGUCGCCUUCUUGGAGCAGGAGAUCAAUCGCUCACUGUCUCCACCCAUGCAGUGUCCCCUCCCUCCUCCGUGUCCGACCCCUUUGGCCCCGCAGCCCCGCGAGCUCAUCACCAUAGAGGAGGAGUGCGAGAGGCUGGCCAGAGAGCUCAAAGAGGUCUCCAGGAACCGAGACAGCCUCCGGGCUCAGCUGACCCAGCUCUGUCAGUACCAAGGAGUCCUGACCAGGACGCACACUCUCACAGCCUCACUGGCACCUCCACCUGUACUGGAAAGCCAAGGGCUGUUCGAUAACCGCCAAGACAUCCACCUCAGUUUUGUGGCAGGAGUGGUCCACCCGUGGAAGGUGCCUUCCUUUGAGCGGUUAUUAUGGCGGGCGUGUCGAGGUUAUAUCAUCGUGGAUUUCAGAGAAAUGGAGGAUCGACUCGUGCAUCCUGACACGGGGGAAAUGGUGCAAUGGACAGUGUUUCUCAUCUCCUUUUGGGGAGAUCAGAUUGGACAGAAAGUCAAAAAGAUCUGCGAUUGCUUCCGCACGCAGACGUUUGCGUACCCUGAGAGCACCGCUGAGCGAGAGGACAUUCUCCAGGGACUUCAGGGCAGAAUCGAAGAUAUCAAAUCGGUGUUGCACCAGACCGAGUCCUUCCUGCAGCAGCUGCUGAUGCGGGCGGUGGCCGUGCUCCCCCAGUGGAAAGUGCGCGUGCAGAAGUGCAAGGCGGUCCAGACGGUGCUGAAUCUCUGCAGCCCCUCCGUCACGGACAAAUGCCUGAUCGCCGAGGCCUGGUGUCCCGUUGCCAAGCUGCCGGAACUGCAGAGCGCUCUGAGAGAGGGGGGGAGGAAGAGUGGAAGCAGCGUUGACUCUUUCUACAACCGCCUGCCCUCCUCCACCCCUCCACCCACCCUGUUUCCCAUCAACUCUUUCACAGCUGGUUUCCAGAACAUCGUCGAUGCCUACGGAGUGGCCAGCUACCGGGAAGUCAACCCAGCGGUGUACACCAUAAUCACAUUCCCCUUCCUGUUUGCUGUGAUGUUUGGGGAUGUGGGUCAUGGCUUACUUAUGUUUCUGGCUGCCCUCUGGAUGGUCCUUGAGGAGAAGGACCCCAAAUUGAAGAAAAACAACAAUGAGAUCUGGAGGAUGAUGUUUGGAGGAAGGUAUCUGAUUUUGCUGAUGGGACUGUUCUCCAUCUACACGGGGGCCAUUUACAACGAGUGCUUCAGCAGAGGCCUCAGUACCUUCAGCUCUGCGUGGCACGUCGGCCCGAUGUUCAAGAGCAACAAAUGGAAUGCUUCGGUCCUGGCGGGGAACCAGUACUUAUCCAUGGAUCCCGUUGUCCCUGGUGUUUUCACCACUCCAUAUCCCUUUGGCAUCGACCCGGUGUGGGGGCUGUCCAACAACAAACUGACUUUCCUUAACUCGUACAAGAUGAAGAUGUCCGUCAUCAUCGGUGUCAUUCACAUGACGUUUGGAGUCUGCUUGUCAUUCUUCAAUUAUUGGCACUUUGGCCAGAGAGGCAGCGUGUUCUUUGUGCUGAUCCCUGAACUGUUCUUCAUGGUGUGUCUGUUUGGCUACCUGGUGUUCAUGGUGGUCUUCAAGUGGAUCGCCUACACUCCGGCUCACUCCAAAAUCGCUCCCAGUAUACUUAUCCACUUCAUAGACAUGUUCCUAUUCACAGACAACCCUGACAACCCAAAGCUCUACGAAGGGCAGAUUGCUGUGCAGAAGACCCUGGUGGUACUGGCCCUGUGUGCUGUCCCUGUUCUCCUGCUUGGGAAGCCCACGUAUGAAUUCCUCGCAUUCAAAAGACGAGGACGUCAAGUGCAGGAAGACCGACGCGCGCUGGUGGCCGAAGAAGGCUCCAUCAACACCCGUCAAGGGGAAGCGGAGGAAGGAGCUGUGCACGAAGAGGAUUUUGAUGUCGCAGACAAGUUCAUGCAUCAGGCCAUCCACACCAUAGAGUACUGCUUGGGCUGCAUCUCCAACACGGCCUCUUACCUCCGACUCUGGGCUCUCAGUUUGGCACAUGCACAGCUGUCAGAGGUGUUGUGGGUGAUGGUGAUGCGCAUUGCCCUGAGGUGGGAGGGCUAUGUGGGAUCUGUAGUCCUCUUUGUGGUUUUUGCCUUCUUUGCUGUGUUGACCGUGUCAAUCCUGCUUGUGAUGGAGGGACUCUCUGCUUUCCUGCACGCGCUCCGUCUGCACUGGGUGGAGUUUCAGAACAAGUUCUACAGUGGAACAGGCUACAAGUUGUGCCCUUUCUCUUUCUCAUCUCUCAUCAAUGCAUCAGCUAAUAUAUGACCGACCAAACCACUACGUAGGACGGUUAUGUUAAUGUUGUAUGGUAAUGAAUACUUAGACUGCAACUAAUCACAUCAGAAUGACUUUGUCUUCCCGUCCUAACAUGGUUUAUUCUACUGCCUGUAGGCUGUAAAAUGGUUUAAUUGACUUGCGCAAUGAUCCCGACCGUAAAGACUGUUAUUCUUGAAAUAUUGAACGAGUUCCUAUAUGUUGAAUUGCAAUUGCAUUCAAUGGGAAAAACUAUACUUUUAUAUCCCCUUUCUGAUUAGUUUUAGUAGUACUUAGCUCAAACAAAUUGUAAUCGUUUACACUUUAUGAACAUUCAUUAUAGACAUAGAUUCUGAAAAGGGAAAGGACACCAAUUAAUGAAUCUGUUCAGAAGUUUAAGGGAAGGUAUGAUUGUUGAAUUUGUGUAUAAGUUUGCCCCGCAGUAUUCUUCAAUUGACGGCAGGGAAAUACAUGAAUGAUUUUGAGCCAAAGACACCUUCGCCUCAUUGUCCUGUCUUCCGAGGACCAGUUUUUAAUUGGUUGUAAUGUUUUUUUCAGGUGCCUUACUGCGACUGAGUGCUUGUUUAUCUUUUAAGUCUUUUAGACAGAUAAUAACUUUCAUUAACUUACCACUAUUUAGAACAAAACUCUGCCUGAACAUUUUUUUCUGCCGGUUUGCACUGUAAAAUUGAUCCAAUUUGAACUGAAAUUAAAUAUUAUUCUGUUGUAUAA